UGGGACCUUUGGGGAUGGUGCCCCACCCAUUCCUUCUCAGCUCUGAGCUGCAUGCCUGCCCUCCUGGGGAACAGAUGGCUACGGUUUAUUUGGACUCUCCUCACCUGCUUCACACCGCUCAGGGACAAACAUCCCCAGAAAUGAUCCCUCACCCUGGCAGUUGGCAGUGUUUGGUCUGGAGGAACAUAUUAUCGCAUCUCAUGCCCCAGCCCUGGCCUGGCCUGGCAGAAGACCUGCCGGCUGAGCAGGCCCCCACCUGAAGAAGGAGAAGCAGAGGAGCUUGGAGUGAGGACAACAGCUUCCUGUCACUCCCUGUUGGUAGCAGUGAUCGGAGCUGUUUUCUCCUUGAUGCUAAGAUCCUGCCAGGCCAGGAGCUCUCCUCCCUUUCCACAGCCAGAGACAGCAAUCUGGCCUGCAGGACAUGGGGACGAGGAUCUGAGACCGCCUGUAGCUCCGGCCACUUUCUGUCGUCUGUGGAUUUGGCCUGUGUGGGCCACUGAGCUCCAUUCAAGUACCGAAGAGGAGGAGGGGAGAUCUCUGGAAUGGGCCAGUCCAUUGGCCGUCACCAGCCACCCUGCUGCUGAAGCUGCCCUGCUCAUGUGUGCCCAGGCCGUGGGACCCAGGGCCUGCUAGGGCUAGGAGUGGGGCCCACUAUUCAUGGGUCUCUAGGCCUUUUCGAAAUGCCUGGGAAGGGAGGCUGGGGCUGGUGGUGGGCCCGGCUGCCCCUCUGCCUGCUCCUUAGCCUUUAUGGCCCCUGGGUGCCUCCAUCCCUAGGGAAGCCCAAGGGUCACCCCCACAUGAACUCUAUCCGCAUUGACGGGGAUAUCACGCUGGGAGGCCUGUUUCCUGUCCAUGGCCGUGGCUCGGAGGGUAAAGCCUGUGGGGAGCUGAAGAAGGAGAAGGGCAUCCACCGGCUGGAGGCCAUGCUCUUCGCUCUGGAUCGCAUCAACAAUGACCCGGACCUACUGCCCAACAUCACCCUGGGCGCCCGCAUUCUGGACACCUGCUCCAGGGACACCCAUGCCCUGGAGCAGUCACUGACCUUUGUGCAGGCGCUCAUCGAGAAGGACGGCACGGAGGUCCGCUGCGGCAGCGGCGGCCCGCCCAUCAUCACCAAGCCUGAACGAGUGGUGGGCGUCAUCGGAGCUUCAGGGAGCUCGGUCUCAAUCAUGGUGGCCAACAUCCUCCGCCUCUUCAAGAUCCCCCAGAUCAGCUACGCCUCCACAGCCCCUGACCUGAGCGACAACAGCCGCUAUGACUUCUUCUCCCGUGUGGUGCCCUCGGACACAUACCAGGCCCAGGCCAUGGUGGAUAUCGUCCGGGCUCUCAAGUGGAACUACGUGUCCACGCUGGCCUCAGAGGGCAGCUACGGCGAGAGCGGCGUGGAGGCCUUUAUCCAGAAGUCCCGAGAGAACGGAGGUGUGUGCAUUGCCCAGUCGGUGAAGAUUCCUCGGGAGCCCAAGACCGGGGAGUUUGACAAGAUCAUCAAACGCCUACUGGAAACAUCCAAUGCCAGGGCCAUCAUCAUCUUUGCCAAUGAGGAUGACAUCAGGAGGGUUCUGGAGGCGGCACGCAGGGCUAACCAGACGGGCCACUUCUUCUGGAUGGGCUCAGACAGCUGGGGCUCCAAGAGUGCUCCCGUGCUGCGCCUGGAGGAGGUGGCUGAGGGUGCUGUCACCAUCCUUCCCAAGAGGAUGUCUGUACGAGGGUUCGACCGAUACUUCUCCAGCCGCACGCUGGACAACAACAGGCGCAACAUCUGGUUUGCCGAGUUCUGGGAGGACAACUUCCACUGCAAGCUGAGCCGCCAUGCGCUCAAGAAGGGAAGCCACAUCAAGAAGUGCACCAACCGAGAGCGCAUCGGGCAAGACUCUGCCUAUGAACAGGAGGGGAAAGUGCAGUUCGUCAUUGACGCCGUGUACGCCAUGGGCCACGCACUGCACGCCAUGCAUCGUGACCUGUGUCCUGGCCGCGUAGGACUCUGCCCUCGCAUGGACCCUGUGGAUGGUACCCAGCUGCUGAAGUACAUCCGAAACGUCAACUUCUCAGGUAUUGCAGGGAACCCUGUAACCUUCAAUGAGAAUGGAGACGCACCAGGACGUUAUGACAUCUACCAGUACCAACUGCGCAAUGGCUCGGCUGAGUACAAAGUCAUCGGCUCCUGGACUGACCACCUGCACCUCAGAAUAGAGCGGAUGCAGUGGCCGGGGAGUGGCCAGCAGCUGCCGCGCUCCAUCUGCAGUUUGCCCUGCCAGCCGGGCGAGCGGAAGAAGACCGUGAAGGGCAUGGCUUGCUGCUGGCACUGUGAGCCCUGCACAGGGUACCAGUACCAGGUGGACCGCUACACCUGCAAAACCUGCCCCUACGACAUGCGGCCCACAGAGAACCGCACGGGCUGCCAGCCCAUCCCCAUCAUCAAGCUGGAGUGGGACUCACCCUGGGCCGUCCUGCCUCUCUUCCUGGCCGUGGUGGGCAUUGCCGCCACAUUGUUUGUGGUGGUCACUUUUGUGCGCUACAACGAUACCCCCAUCGUCAAGGCCUCGGGCCGGGAGCUGAGCUAUGUGCUGCUGGCGGGCAUCUUUCUGUGCUACGCCACUACCUUCCUCAUGAUCGCAGAGCCCGACCUGGGGACCUGCUCGCUCCGCCGCAUCUUCCUGGGGCUCGGCAUGAGCAUCAGCUACGCAGCCCUGCUCACCAAGACCAACCGCAUCUACCGCAUCUUCGAACAGGGCAAGCGGUCAGUCAGUGCCCCACGCUUCAUCAGCCCAGCCUCACAGCUGGCCAUCACCUUCAGCCUCAUCUCCCUGCAGCUGCUUGGCAUCUGUGUGUGGUUUGUGGUGGACCCCUCCCACUCAGUGGUGGACUUCCAGGACCAACGGACACUGGACCCCCGCUUUGCCAGGGGCGUGCUCAAAUGUGACAUCUCUGACCUGUCGCUCAUCUGCCUGCUGGGCUACAGCAUGCUGCUGAUGGUCACGUGUACCGUGUAUGCCAUCAAGACUCGAGGUGUGCCUGAGACCUUCAAUGAGGCCAAGCCCAUCGGCUUCACCAUGUACACCACCUGUAUCGUCUGGCUGGCCUUCAUCCCCAUCUUCUUUGGCACCUCACAGUCGGCCGACAAGCUGUACAUCCAGACAACCACACUGACGGUCUCCGUGAGUCUGAGCGCCUCUGUGUCCCUGGGAAUGCUCUACAUGCCCAAAGUCUACAUCAUCCUCUUCCACCCGGAGCAGAACGUGCCCAAGCGCAAGCGCAGCCUGAAAGCCGUGGUCACCGCAGCUACCAUGUCCAACAAGUUCACACAGAAGGGCAACUUCAGGCCCAAUGGGGAAGCCAAGUCAGAGCUGUGUGAGAACCUGGAGGCCCCAGCACUGGCAACCAAACAGACCUAUGUCACCUACACCAACCACGCCAUCUAACCGGGCUGAGGAGCCACGCCAGUGACGGAGUCACAACCUCCAAGGAUGGUGCAUCGGGCCAGGGCCACUCCUGCGGGCCCUGCUGAUGUCCUGCCUGCCCCAUGGGCAUCCACGAAUGUGGCUUGGUGCUGAGGACAGUAGAAACCCCCGGCCAUCACUGCUGGGCAAGCCGUGGUGGGCAACCGGAGGAGGCUGCAUGGCCGGGGCAGUUCCAGAUUGUGCCACACAGGCCUUCCGUCUGGACCCAUGUCGUGCCCAGCUCCAGCACCGGGGCCUGGUCUCCAGACCCGAGCCCUGGCGUUUUCUCCCUCCUGCCUCCGUCUGUCCUGUUGGUGACCCUGGUUGGUCCUUCCCGUCUUUGCGUUUCUCUUCCGUCUUUCGCUCUGCAUGUGUUGUCUGUUUGGGCUCUCUGCUUCUGUGUUUUCCUUUCUGCCCCUGCCCCUCCUCUGCCAUCUGCCCUGUCCCACGCCUUCUGCUGCCCUGAGUUGCCCCACCCCCGCCCCAUGUCACUUCUCAUGCAUUUUUCUUUUCUGUCCCAUCGACUUCAUUUUCUUCCAAGUUUUGUUCCCUUUACUCCAUCCACCAACUCCUUCAUGUUACAAAAGAGAAAAAAAAAGGGGGGGGGGAUCAAAACACAAAAAAGCCCAAACACAACUAAUCUUGAGUGUGUUGCAAAGUGCUGCGUCCUCCUGGUGGCCUCUGUGUGUCCCUGUGGCCUGCAGCCUGCUCGCCCACCCUACCCGUCUGCCGUGUGUCCUGCCCGCCUGCCCGCCUUGCCCUUCCUGCCAACGACACGGAGUUCAGUGCCUGGGUGUUUGGUGAUGGUCCCUGAUGUGUAGCAUGACUGUUUUUAUACUGAGAACAUUUCUAAUAAAGAUAAACACAUGGUUUUGCA